CCAGAGACACCAUCUGCUACACAUUAAUUUUGUGCACAAAAUUUAAAUAGGCCCUAGGUUCAGUGUCAGAUUGUCCAUCUUGCAGGUUUUUGGGAUGUUUUCAAUUUGUUUGAUCGACUGUUUUGCUGAGCUGGCUGUAUUUCAGAGUUGAUGCAGAUUACAAUGUCCAGUGUUGACAAACCAACUGCCGGACCGCAGCGGAGAGUAGCAACCAGAAAGCGAAGCCUGACCAACACCAGUGCAAGAAGUAUAACAACUGCCACAAAGAAACCCAAGAGCGCAGAAAGAGAAAACUCCCAAAAAUCCUGUCAAACGUACACCUUGUGCAAUAGUGGUACAGUCCACAAUCCAACUGAUUCAUUAUGCAGCACACUGUCAGCAGAGAAACAACCAUUGCGUGUUGAGGGGGUGUUUCUGUCUGAUCAGUUGGAGGGGAAAAGCAGAACUAAUCAGCCCGGUGCAACAAGUACAAUUUAUAAUUUUAACAUUGCUAAGACGCCUACAAAGUUAAGCUGUCGUGAAGAAAUUGGAUCCAUCCAGCAUAAGAGGCCUUUGUUUAAAUCUCAAAGCACGCACCGUGACAAUCAGGAAGACACCAAGCUUGCCAGUGAGGGUUGCGUUAGUCAUGGGGGAGCGCCAAGGAGCAUCCAGGGGCUAAGCAGUCCCUUGGUGUGGCCAGAUGGUGACAAUGAUGAGGAAGACUGGAGAUUGGUCGCUGAACUUGACUCUCAAAACUCACGGUCGGCAAAACACACAGGCAGUCACAUCUCCAAUUCGUUAGAGGAGGUACAUGAGGAGAAAGGGGACGCGUCACUCAGUUCCAGUCCACUACCACCGACCCCGCAAGCCUCCAGCCACAGAAAUCACAAGCGAAUCUCGUCCGUGAAGCUGCAUGCGACGCAACAUGCCACAGGCAACUCACAAAACAACUCGUUCGGGGAUUGGGACGGCGAAGAUUCGUUCUACGACAAACUCGACGUGGAACAGAUCAUCGCAGAGUCCCAGAAACCGAAAGUUGUUGAAGUCACCAAAGCGAGUUUGUCUGGCAACGACCACAGUGUGCUAUACAAGGGGAAAUGGUUUGACUCAUCCUCCCAAGCAAAAAUUGGCGAUUGCCCGACAAACGAGGGAAAAUUAUCGCCGCGGUCUCAAGCUCAUCAGGGAAUCUCACAAGAAACAAGCUCUAGAAAAUGCAGUGUCACAAGUAAUCGAGUGCUGACGAACGGUUGUGGGUAUGGGCAACAGGUUCCGCUUAGAGAUGAGACCAAACCAACAGAACCAAAUUCCGUGACUCCUAAACAAGAGCAGUGGUUCAGCCAAUUGGAUGACAGGACCAGAAAUAUGCCAGGUCAGAAUUCAGAAAGUCUUCCAAAGUCGAGAUCAGACUCUCAAAUCGAGACUGCAGAGAAGAAAUCUCUGAUUUCUCAACCACAGUCGUCCAAAAUUGAGAAGUCAUCCAGUGAUCAGAAUCCAGUGACGUCGACCAAUCAGCAACACAUUUCCAGGGAUGUUGAACUCAAAACCUCAACCGAUAUACCUCGCUGUGAACUGACAACCCCCAAGGUUGUUUCAUCCGCGAGCAGGCUGCGUCAGAGACUACAGAACAACGCGCGAGUGGCCACGCCGCAGCAAACGCGCCACUCGGAGUUACGUCAGGCCAAAGUGCAAGAGGCCUUGACGGAAAUGCUCGGAGAAUCUGCUGCAAUCAAAGACAACGACAUUGGGCCUUUUUACGGUCUACCCAGUAAAGUGGCAGAGCUGCUCAAGACUCAUAGGGGAAUAGAUAAACUGUAUGAUUGGCAGCAUUCUUGCCUGACUCUUCCGGCAAUCCAGGAGGGUCGCAACCUCAUCUACUCCCUGCCUACCAGCGGAGGCAAGACCCUGGUUGCCGAGAUACUCAUCAUGAGGCAGUUGCUAUGCAACAAGAAGGAUUGCCUGCUCAUACUGCCAUUUGUCUCCAUUGUACAGGAGAAGGUUGCUUCGCUGUCAAUAUUCGCUGUUGAGCUUGGGUUCCUAGUGGAGGAAUAUGCAGGAAGUAAAGGUGCCAUUCCACCGCGCAAACACCGUAAGAAGAAGACGCUGUACAUCGCAACGAUUGAAAAGGCACAUAGUCUGGUCAACAGUCUGAUACUGGAGGGUAGGGUCGAGAGUCUGGGACUAGUCGUCGUGGAUGAGCUUCACAUGUUAGGAGAUGGAGGGCGGCGCGGGGCCAGCCUAGAGGCCUGCAUCGCCAAACUCCUCUACCUCAACUCUGCUCACAUCGUUGGGAUGAGUGCAACGCUGAGUAACAUCCAGGACCUGUGUGAGUUCAUGAGGGCCGAGGUCUACUGCAGCGACUUCAGGCCUGUGGAGCUGAAGGAGUACAUCAAGAUUGAGGAUAACAUCUUUGAGGUCAACCAAUCAGCUCUCUGCCCAGAUGACAGGUUCAUUCAUUCAAGAAUACUUACUUUCCCUUACACGCGGUCCAUGCGCCAGAACGAUCCUGAUCAUCUGGUGGGUCUAGCGCUUGAGGUCAUCCCGGUUCACUCCUGUCUCGUCUUCUGUGCCACCAAAAAAAGCUGCCAGAACGUGGCCGAAUUCAUCUGCAAACACAUGCCCAGGAACGAGGCCAAGAAACUGAUGCAUCACAAGCACAAAGAAAAGCACGUCCUCCUCCUGUCCCUGCGACGGGAAUGCGACAACCACCUCUGCCCGACGCUCAAGCGGACCAUCCCAUACGGCCUGGCCUACCACCACAGCGGACUGACCAUGGAUGAACGUAAGCUGAUAGAGGAUGCGUACUCAGAGGGCACGCUGUGUCUGUUGACGUGUACGUCCACGCUGGCUGCUGGGGUUAAUUUGCCGGCCAAGAGGGUAAUCUUAAGAUGUCCCUACAUCGCCCAGGAUCUGCUUACUAGCACCCGAUACAAGCAGAUGGUUGGCCGAGCAGGCAGGGCAGGCAUCGAUUCAUCAGGGGAGAGUAUCCUCAUCAUCAAACCUAAAGAGAGAAAGGAGAUUACAGAAUUGCUGAGCCGACCCAUUGAAGCCUGCUACAGCAGUCUGACACACGACGACAGCAAAGGCAUCAGAAGCCUUAUCCUGACACUGAUUGCACUCAAGCUCACGCCACGUCGUAAGGCAGUCCUUAGUUUCAUGAACAGGACACUGUUUGGCGUUCAGGCCAUGUGCUUAGGAAACAACGUCAAUGCCUUGACAGAAGAGGGCCUUGGAAAACUCCUGGAAAUGAAUCUGAUCAACGAGAAAAGGUGUGAAGUAUCUUCAAAUGAUGCAUCCGAGUCUGAGUUGUCAGUCACAAAACACGGCCAAGCCGCAUUCAAAGGUUCCAUUGACAUCGACCUGUGUGCCUCCAUCUACAAUGACCUGAAGCAGGCUUGCGACGAAGGACUGGUCCUGGCCAACUCGCUACAUCUUCUGUACCUGGUUACGCCCUACGACCUGGUCUCCCAUAGCAACCCAAACUGGGUCGUAUACGACAGGCUGUACUCCAAGUUGAGUGAUGGUGAUUUGAGAAUAGCCGAGCUGGUGGGCGUUACAGACAAGUACCUCAACUUCAAAGUGGCGGGCAGGAAAACCCACAAACCCAGUGCAGAAACGGAUUUUCGAGUGCGUCGGUUCUACCUGACCCUGAUGCUGUGGAUGAUCUUGAACCAGACCGGGGUCUGGGACGUGGCUGCCAAGUUUGAGGUCCCCAGAGGAUUCGUUCAGAAUCUUUUCACCUCUGCUGCCAGUUUUGGGUCGAGCGUCCAGCGCUUCUGUGAGGAUCUACCAGAAUUCUGGGCCUACCAACAGCUACUCACCAAGGUGGUGUACGACCUGACAUACUGCGCGACCGCUGACCUGGUGUCAUUGCUGGAAGUCCCAGGAGUCAAACAGGGUAGAGCUAAGCAACUGGUCCGAGCUGGUUAUAAGACCCUUCGUCACUUAGCCCACGCUGACCCCACGCAGCUGGUUCAAGAGGUGGAACAUCUGCCCAAGAAAGUCGCCCAGCAGAUCGUAGCUGCUGCAAAGAUGGAGCUUGCAGAGAGAGCAGAGGCCCUGAGGGAAGAAGCUGAAGAACUGGUGACUAAACCAGCCGUGGAAAAUGAGAUGGCGACAACAGAUGAACCGAGAGAUACAGAAAACGGUAGCCAGGCUAGAAAAGCUGACACAGGUACUGGGACCUAGGCUAUACAUCAACAGAAAUGUUCAGAAAAUACCUCAUGUGUAAGGCGUUGCGGCAAAAUGAGACAGAACUGGGCAGAAGCCGAAAUGAGGGUUUGCAGGUAUUAGGAAAGCAAAUCAAAUUCUCCUUACAAUACUGAUUAUUGCACUUCAAUCGGACAUACCAUUGACAAGUUAUGGCUGUUGAGAGUUCGCUUUUAUCAACAUGUCAAAAAAGUAAAACAAUGAGAAAAAAAGGCCGUUUAAAGUUUCGAAUGGUUUGAAGUCGUGAACAAGAAAGAUACAAAUUGU